AGCCGUGAAGAUGAAUCUGUAUAAAAGACACGGACAAACCUUCCAUCGGCACCAAUCGCUUCAGCUCCUCAGCAAGUUCAACUUCUAACAAUCAGCACAGUCAUGAAAAUUGUGAUCGCCCUAGCCUGUUUGGUGGCCUUUGCCGCAGCCGUUGAAGAAACUGCUGGACAAAUCGACGCCGAUCAGGACGUGGCUGAGCAACGCUAUGGAGGACACGGAGGAGGACAUCGCGGUGGCCAUCACGGCGGACGUGGUGGUGGAGGCGGUCACCAUGGCGGACGCUACGGACGCUCUCUCGAAGAAGCCCAACCAUUCAUCGUCGCCGAGUUCCAGCCCGAGUAUGUCGAUUAUGUCUCGGAUGAUCUGCAAUUAGCCGAGAACCGGAACUACGGAGGCAACAGAGGCCACGGAAGCGGUGGACACCGCGGUCGCCGCUCCAUUGAAGAUGAGAAUGCUGUCGCCAUUGAAGAUUUGGAAGCCGCUGAACAUCACAGCGGAGGCUACAGAGGACACAGCAGCGGCGGCUCUGGGUACGGACAAUCCGGUAGUUACGGCAACAGAGGCUCAUCGGGAGGCAGUGGAUAUGGGGGACAACACCGCGGUGGCCGCUCCGUUCAAGAGAUUGCUGGCGCCAUUGAAGAUUUGGAAGUCGCUGAACACCACAGCAAAGGCUACAACAGAGGCGGCAGCAGCGGCGGCUCUAGCUACCGAAACCACGGAAGCAGCAGCGGUUAUGACAGCAGACCCAGCGGCGGCGGACAUGGCAGCCACUCGGGACACGGUGGUCGUCGUUAUUAACACGAAAAAAGCAUGGCAAACAAGCAGCAAACGUUCUAUGCUGAUUCUUAUUCAAAAGAGGCAACAAAAAAGAAAAACGCGCAAAAUUUUAAGGUCAAAUUGGUUUGGUAUUUUAAUCAAUUGCUCGUUUGGGUUCAAUAAAACGAUUUCGUCACUGGGGA